AUGCGCUGGAUUCCAGGAACUUUAGGAGACGUCCCUCCUUUGGCGAUGGCGCGGGGCGGGGCCAGAGGGCGUCUGUGCCCGUCGGACACAUCCGCUUCCGGGGCCACGGCCGUCCGACUGAGGGGCUCGGCGGGUCGACCAAGCUACGCUCGGUGUCGCACCCCACAAACCGUACUCCUUAAGAAUCGGCUACCUCUGCUUUGUUGUCGAUCUUCUCCGCCAAUCAUGCUGGAACAUCUGAGUUCGCUGCCCACCCAGAUGGAUUACAAGGGGCAGAAGCUAGCUGAACAGAUGUUUCAGGGGAUUAUUCUUUUUUCUGCAAUAGUUGGGUUUAUCUACGGGUACGUGGCUGAACAGUUUGGGUGGACCGUCUACAUAGUUAUGGCCGGAUUUGCUUUCUCGUGUUUGCUGACACUUCCUCCGUGGCCAAUCUAUCGCCGGCAUCCCCUGAAGUGGUUACCUGUUCAAGACUUAGGCACCGAAGACAAGAAAUCAGGGGACAGAAAAGUUAAGAGACAUGCUAAAAAUAAUUGAUGCGAGCUUUCACGACUCAGCGCCCGCUUUCGUUUCCUGUAAAAUGAGCUGAAUGGCUUUCAUAACCAAAACGUGAGCUGUGUAGAGGUCCAGCUGUGCUUGUUUCUUUCUCAUCCAGCUGUUUUUAUCUUACAGCCAUUUUAUUCCAUCUCUUCAUAAUCUUGCCAUGGAGAUUAAGUGGAAUAUAAGUGUGCAAUGUUUCUUUUAGGUGUACAUGAUGAAUAAAAUCUCCUAACCGGUAGUACUUUUUUUCUAAUAUAGUCUUGCAAUGGGUUCUCACUAUGUAGACAAGGCUGUCUCCAAGCUCAAAAUCCCGCUGCUUUGGCUCCCCAAACUGCUGGGAUUACGGGUAUAUGUACCACACCUGGUUUUUAACUUUCAGAGUUUCACAAUUUAUUGUGAGUUUUUGAACUGUUUUAAUGGUGGUUUUUGUUUUGGUGGUGAUGCUUUUUGUUUGUUCCUUUUUUUGGAUUUUUUUUUUCUGAGAUAAGAUCUUUCUACGUAGCCUUUGCUAUCCUGUAAUUAUGUAGACCAGGCUGGCCCUUGAACUCAGAGUUCCACCCGCCUUCCCCUCCUGAGUACUGGGUUUAAAGUCAUGCCCCAUCACUUCUAGAUCAAAUGGUUUCAAUUAAAAUUCAUAGUGCAAUUCUA